AUGGGGAACAACACUAUGCAUGAUGACUUCAUCCUCUUGGGCUUCCUCAUUGGACACCAAGCAGAGAUUCUCCUGGCAGUGUUCCUCAUUGCCAUAUACGCGUUGACAGUAGCUGGCAAUGUGACCAUCCUGUUCAUCACCGCCACCAACAGCUGCCUCCACACGCCCAUGUACUUCUUCCUUGGCAACCUCUCCGUACUGGACCUCGCGUUUCCAACCGUGACUGUCCCCAGGCUGCUAAGAAGCCUCCUUUCUGGAGUCAAGGCCAUCUCCUUUGCUGGCUGCAUGGCCCAGUCCUACUUCUACUUCUUGCUGGGCACGGUGGAGUACUUCCUCCUGACCUCCAUGUCCUAUGACCGGUACGUGGCCAUAUGCGACCCAUUACACUAUCCCAUCAUCAUGAAUGGCCGUUUCUGCGUCCAAGUGGUGCUGGCUUGCUGGAUGGGUGGGUUUGUCUCUGUCCUCUACCCAGUCAUCACCAUCACCAGCUUCUCCUACUGCAAGUCCAAUGUUAUUGACCACUUCUUCUGUGACAGUGAACCUCUGAUGAAGUUGUCCUGCACAGACCCAGGUUUGAUCCAGAUUGUCACCUUUGUGCUGUCCUCGAUCGUUAUCCUCUGCUCCUUGACCUUCACUCUCAUUUCCUACGCUUACAUCGUCUCUACCAUAUUGGUCAUGCCCUCAGAUACUGGGAGGAAGAAGGCCUUCAACACGUGCGCAUCCCAUCUGACUUUGAUCCUAAUGGCCACAAGUGUCUCCAUCUUGCUGUAUGUGAUCCCGUCGAAGAAAUCCUCAGGGGGAGCCCGCAGAGUCCCAGCCCUACUCAAUAGCAUAAUCAACCCAUUUCUGAGUCCCCUUGUAUACACCUUGAGAAAUGAUUUGUUCCAAAGAAUCUUGCGAGAGAGUUUGGUCAAGGUAAAGCAAUGA